GGGGCCCAACAUGCUGGAAUAACAAUUGGAGCUCAUUUCCCUUUUCCACAUUCUCCACUGUCUACGAUACCACGCAGUCGAUGAAGAUAAUGAAAUAUCCCAACGUUCCCCAAAGCGCAAGUAUGGCAGUUAACGAUGGUUCACACAUGGAUGAAGUCGACCCUCUUUUCAUCUCCUCCUGUUGGAACUCCAACUCGAGUCUUCAUAAUGAGUUCAUCGAUACCCACAAGCUCAUCAUGGACGGCCACAUCAGCAACCUAGGCUCCGACAAGUUGCUACUGGAGUCUUCUCUAAGUCAGGACGACAGUGAAAUGGAAUCGAAAGACACCAUAGAGGCUUUAGACAAUCUCUUGUUGAACUCGCACAGUAUGAACCCUAGUUUAACGGAGAUGAAACCUCUCCCUCCUUUCACGGGUUACACGGCGAACUUGAGUAUAAACGGAAUACAGGGACACCACUAUCACUCCAUAUCCCAAAGAAACCUGGAAGAAAACAACAACACCUACAACAGUUAUAACGAACAAAAUAUAGUGUCAAGUUCGACGUGUAACAUUAGUGCGGACUCUGCGGAUGACCAAGACACCAAAAACUUCUUUUCUAGUGACGAUUAUGCGGAUUGUGUCGAUCCGGACUCGGUGUCUUCAAUAAAAUAUGAAGAUUGCAGUCAUCCUUCGGUGGACUCCGCCACUCAUGUGAAGACGGAGAUGGCUGAGUACGACAUAUCUACUAUCGACUUCGCUGCUAUCAUAGGCUCAGCCAUAGCAGAUACGACGGUUCCUAGCAACAAUCCCGAAAGCGAGGAUGCCACGGGCUCCAGAGACAGCUGGAUGGAUUUGGACGCGUUCAUAGAAGGAGCAUGUGUCGACGAAUCCAAAGGCGUGAUCAUCGCUCAAGACGGUCUAUCAGAGUUUGUGAUACCCUGUUCCAGCGAGUACAAGGUGCAGCAGGUUGCGGAGUAUGCCAAAAUUCAGCCACAGCAGGGCGGGUCCACGUUGCAAAGCCUCCUCACCCACGGCUACAUGCCACUGUUACAGAACCGGCUCCAGAAUGGGCCUCCCAUAAAACAAGAGGUACCAAGUUCGACGAACUAUGGAAACGAUAUGAUAACCACGUCUAGUCCUCCUGCUAAUGUCGUAUCCACAACGGACAACCUUCUCGUGACAGUAAACGGGAGGUUUCUGCCCCAAUACCUCCACAGCUUGGGUGAUGACCAGCGAGUGAGGAGUCCCGAUAUGCUGGGUCAAAAUUACCCCCACACAACCACAACGUCCAGUUCGUCAAGGAAAUCCAGAUGCAACAGGAAGAAACACCAGCCCUCUUCUAGUUCGAACGUUUUCCAAGUCGAUCAAACAUUGGGAUUGUUGGGAAAGGAGAAGCCCGUUCAUAGGUGUACCAUUUGUAAUAGAGGUUUUUUGAAUAAAAGUAACAUCAAAGUUCAUUUGAGGACGCAUACUGGCGAAAAACCUUUCAGAUGCGAAACCUGCGCUAAAGCGUUCAGACAAAAAGCACAUUUGUUGAAGCACCAGCAGAUUCAUAAGAGGAUUGGUCGAGAUUAGGUCAAAAUUCCCCUCUUGAGCUUAUGAAUAUAACAUUUUGAACGAAUUGAACAUAAACAUGAUGAUACUUCUGCAAUUUCUACAUUAUAAAUUCUAUCCAAAACUUGUUCAAUCACAGUUGUAGUAGUUUGUAUGGAUAUAAAUAGCGAAACCAAGUUGAAAAUGCACAAACCUGAAUAUUCAAAUCCUUGCUGCAAUUUCAACUGGCAAAGCGAAACCGUUUUGCGGUUGUGGAAAUUGUAUAAUUAUCAUCAUGAGUGGUGUUAUUAAUUUCUAUCAAGCAACUGGCUAGUGUAUUCAAAAUUAUUCUAUCUUGUUCAUCAAUUGGUAUGCUUGAGUUGUUAGAGUCCACAAUUUAGAGACAAGGGGGGGCGUCGUAUCAUCUCAUUUUUGCUGAGGUUCUUUCACUGGGGAUUCGUUAUAGUGGAGCUAUGAUGAAUCCACUUCUCUCACCUACACACCUCUAAAAAUUAACUUCAUUCCCUGAAAAGCUUUAUCAUCGUUAUCUAGAUCAGUGAACUGAAUUAGUAAGUUUCAACCGUGGCUGUUCAACCAACCAUUGUCCACAGGAGCUCCAAAUGGAGGUAACUUUAUGUGUGUAAAAUUAUGUGUGUACAUUUUAGACACAAACCAUCAUUAUGAACAUGUAAUACGUAUCAAUGAACGAAAAGUAAACUAGUCUAAGGUGCUAGGUGACUACAAAGUCUAGCAACUUAGUGAAUUCGCCACAACAUUUUUACAUUUCCUCUAAGUUAAUUAAAAAAUCCUUCUUACGUCUUGCUCAACAUUGAACAUCUCGAUAUUUGGCAUGUUGGUCCCAAAAUAUCUCUCAGAAGACAGUGACACCUAACAGGGCCCCGUUACAUCAACUUUUCUGAGCUAUAGUAACUUUUGAUAACAUGAUUAUUUCAAUGCGAUGAGUGAUUGAAACUUCAAAUCUAUAUUUGCCGACUCAAUCAACAUAUUGAAUGAACAUUGAACCCUGUAUCUUCUUUUUCACUUCCCCUCUCUCUUGUCCACUUUGUCUUCUUCGUUUCCUUCAUCUUUUCAGUACUAUUUUUUCUAUCGUUCUCUCUUCUGUCAUCUCUCCCUCUUUCUUCUUUUUCUCUCGUUUUUUUUUUCUCUCCCCACCAGUCGAAGUGCGUGAAACUAGAUGACCGAUGAGUGAUAUUAAUACAUGAGUUCUUACAUGUGAUGACUUAUCUCUCAAUAAACAAACACAUAAUGAAUGACAGUUUUCUAUAUGUUUUUCCAUUUGGGAUUUGGCUACUAUGCAUUAGUGUUCUUUGAAUACUUCAACAAUGUGACUGGUCAACACCUGCGGAGGCUUUAUUAGAGUCAAAAUUUGAUAUGGAUAUAAUUUUCGUUUAGUGGUUCAGCGGUGUGACGACAGCGAGAAUAGUCAUAACGACACGUCUUGAAAUCAUCGUUUAACGCAUAGAUGUUCUAUUUCUUCCGCAUUGAUUGCUCUUGAGUUAUGACUACUCACUGCAGUGAUUGCUCUUGAGUUCUAACUCAAUGAUCAUACAUUCAUCCAAUGUCGAAUCAUUGGUGAGUUUUUGGUGGAGCAAAAACUUGUUAGAAUCACUAUUAACGUUUAUAACUGCCAAUGUUUCGCCUACACGAGGUGUUGGUAUUUUCAAGAGUACAAAACUGAUCUCUUCCUAAAUUAAUAUUUACACCCCUAGGCUCAACUCAUAAUUAUUUCCAUUUUGCUUAUUCAUAUGCGGAGUUCUUCCAAUCAAACACCGAAUGAAACUUUCAAUGAACAUUUCAAUGUCUUAAUUUCGGAUUUGUAGGUGACCAAGCUACAACGACUUUCUAGGUUUCCUCUAUCGUGUGCUUAUGGAUUUCAAUUCAUCGACGUCACUUUGUAAGUGUUCAGCUACUACUCUCUCAAAGUGCUAUAUACACCAUGCCUAGAGAACGGAUCUCGCCUAUCCUUUAGUAAUCUUGGGUAAUCCCCGAUUUUCCUGACAAUUGGCAAACCGUUUUCAUAUCCAGCCUUCCCAGUCUAGGACCCAUUUUAUCGGUUACUCCUGGAAUAAAAGCAAGAAAUUUCCUUUAUGAAUCGUGAUAUGUGCUCUCUUGUUGACCACUGCUACUUCGUCAUUUGAAAUGAAUCCCUCGCCGUAUCUUUUCAUUCCAGUCCAUAAAAUCUGGAUAGCAAAUUCUUCUGGUCCGUUUCCAUCAUUUCCAACUUUCGGCCUGGUAUUCUGUAAAUAUAAGCAGUUAUUUUUCUCUGGUGACCAAUACGUCCGGUAAAAUUAGUUUUUCAUGCUCGUAGUUCUAUAUUACGAAGGUGUUAUGUAAAUAACAGAGUCAGUACCUGCUUGAACUUGCUUACAUGCUUCCAUAACUAAACCAAGUGUCUUGUUAGCUCAUACGUGUGAGAGCUAAUGGAACUAGCCAUCAGGUAUAGCGGAAUAUUUUUUGUUUACUUUGGGUAGACCAUACAGUCUUGAAAUGGGAGCUAGCUCUGAAUGUGGUCAGUCUUCUAUGGCCUCCGGUAUUGACGAUGAUUUGCUCAUUCAUUUUUCUAUGGACCAACAGUUUUUGAUAUCUAAUGAAUUUCCUGUAGACGGAAGGACCCAAAUACAGGUAUGAGGCAUCUGUAGAUGAGGGAAAAUUUUCAACUACAGUAUGGAAUCUCCUCUCAGCAUGAAAUCAUGGAAAAACCUACAAUUUUUUCAAUAUAAUUAGCAUGGAAGAGAAAAUUUUGUUCACCAUGGAUAUUGGGAAAACUAGCUUUCUCGAACGGAAUGGCCAUCAGAGAGGAUACCGAUAUCAAACCACAAGCUGAAGCAUAUUCAAAAAAGUUUGUAAUAUUGGUAUCAACAUUGGAAUGGGCUAAUAGAAGACUUUGCGAUCCGGAUCUUGGAGUAGAACUUCUAAGGUUCUUUCAAUUAUUCUUUCGAAGUUGUUAUUUAACAUAGGUACACUUCGUUCCUUAUUUAUUGCAGUUGCAAUAUUCCUUUCAGUGAAUAGUGGAAUUUGUAUUUCAAAUCGUUGAUAAUAUCAAGCUAUUGAUGUUAUCUUCCGUUUAACAUCUAGAAUCUACUAUUCUUGAGUAAAUACAAACAAAGGUCUCAUUUAGCACCCCUGCCAAGCCGAAAGUGACUCACAGGUGAUUCACAAUCGACCAUUUUGAGACCAAUUCAUUUAUUUCAAAUAUUUUAUCGAAAUAUGGUAGAUGAAUUGGUAGCCACUGAGAUUUGCUAUUAUGGUUAUAUCCAUUCAGGGUCUACGAUUCGAAAUGAUUUAUACAUAUUGCCUCAUCAUAUAAUAGGUUAAUUCUGAAACUUUGACUCACAGGGUGAUCAUCACUGGAUGGUCCAGUAACUGAUUGUUCUCGACUUUAUAGUUCCAUUCGACUCGUGAUAUCAUAUCCACUCUAAUAAUGCCCGGAAAAAAUUCUAUUAUUCUAGAAAAUAACAUAUGCCUGACUAACGGCCGAAGUGCUCUGAUUGUUGCUCUCGUUGUUCCCAACUCACAAACUAUAAUGCUCUAGUUUUAUAUUAUUAUUGCUGGUCGUGGCUUGGUUUCUCUUAACUGGAUUACCUGACGUUGUUUAUCUCCUAAUUGGAUUACCUGACCUUAUUUAACUGACCUUGUUUCUCACAAACAAGGUCAGGUAAUCCAAUAAUAAUAUAAAACAGGAGUUAUUGUAGUUUCUGCGUUGGAAACAAAAGAAACAACAAAUCUAGCAUCAAAUCGAGCAUUUCGAUCGUUUCUACAUCGCCUUUUAUAAUGUGUACCGCAGUAGUAGACAAAACGUCAGGCACGAAAACCUGAAGACCAGGGCUAGAAACCAAAAAAAGAGCUCAGGCACAGUUUUUGAAGUUAUUUGUCACGUCUCUAAUUCGUUGAAAGUUGUUUAUAUUCAUAAGUUCAAACCAGACCAAAAAGAAAUAGGAAAAUAUCUGGUUUGGGAAAGAUAUUUCUGAAUAUUGUUGAUAUUGUUGAUUCUUUUUGGUCUGAUGUUUUCAGACGUGCUAUAGACAAGGUACCUCAUGGAAAGCAUUCUUUUAUAUUCCUAAUUAUGGACAAUGUGCAAUUUCAUCACUGAAUAAUGAUGCCGGUGCAAAUCAACUGCUCACUUUGUAUUAUAUAUUUAUACAUUUUUAUAUUCUCUUGACAUUACAUUCUCUAGAUUCAUUGUUUGUAAGUGGAAUUUUCUUCGGAAUCAUUUCAUCUAUUAUGAAACAGAAGAAAGAAUAUAAAGAUUGGUUUAAAAAAUGUCAUUUUCUGAGUUCAACAUUUCACCUCUAUUCCACGGAUGCCUGCCCAGUGCUGAAGAAGCCCAACAGGCCGAAACCGAUGUACACUGGUGGCAUCCAUUCAAAUUCACGAAAGUGAAACUUGUGGGUAUUUGAUUAUCAAUGAUUAAUUUAUGGUGCAUUUGAAUGUUUCUGUUCUCUGACAAAUUGUAUUAUAUUUAUGAAAUGAAUAAGAAAUCAGCCCAGAGUUGAGUUCAAAAACAUUAAAAUUUUUGAACUGGGUAAGUUUUCCAUCCCCAAUUACUCUUUUAAAUUCAGCUGGUGGAUGUGAUUUUUAACUGGUUUUAUUAAUUCUAAUUCGUACUCAUUUCUGGAGUAGUUUUGAAAAACAACAUUUUCUAUACUAUUUCCACUGAGAAACACUUUUACUUGACAUUUUUGUAAUGUUUCCCAUCCUAAAUGCUUGAAGUAUUGCACAUUGUUGUGUGUUAUGCCUAAUGUUUUGUUUAUAGAAUCUAUUUAUUUUUAUAUCAUAUUUCUCCUAUUUAUUUUUUAAUUCUAUUUAUUUAGUUGUAAGUUCUUCAGUAAUUCAGUUUAUGCUCGAACGGUCGAAAAAUUCGAUUUCGUCAAUUAAGUGUGUUUGUUCUCAGGUUUUUACACAUUCUUUGUGAUAGAGAAAUGCUUAAUAUUUAAGUAACGUAUUUGUAUUUUUACAAAUUGUUAGUGUAAAAUCUUUGUUGGAUUAUUCUGUGUAAUCAAAGGCGACCUGAUGAUGACGUCGUGAAUUUUGUACAGUAGGUUUUUAUGAAUUAAUAAACCCAUUUGAUUGUCAAUCGUAUAGUGUAUUGUAACCGUUCACAAAUAACACAUCCUAGCAACGAAUUUUUGUAAAUUUUGUAUCAUAAAAUAGUUACAUAUUAUUCGAAUGUACUAAUAGUUUUUGUGUUAUAUGCUUCCGCCCAUUAUGUCUUGAACAAGAAAGAUCUCAUCAUGAAAAUAUAUUUGUUGCUUUUGCAUCAAUAAAUUAUGAGAGGAAA